GCUGACCCCCCCCUUUGUGCCCCAUAGGAGCCCCCGCGGUGCUGCAGGACCCGGCCCCACAUCGACCCGGGGACUCGGUCGCCAUCGAGAUGAUGGAGCCACACAGCAGCCAACAGCUGCAGCUGCUGGACGAGCAGGAGUCGUACGUCCGUAGCCGUGCUGAGGCCCUUCAGAACAUCGAGGCCACCAUUGUGGAGCUGGGCUCCAUCUUCCAGCAAUUGGCCAACAUGGUCAAGGAGCAGGAGGACACCAUACAGAGGAUCGAUUCCGGUGUGGACGAGGCCCAGCUCCACGUCGAAGCCGCCCACACGGAGCUGCUGCGUUACUUCCGCUCCGUCAGCUCCCAGCGCUGGCUGCUGCUCAAGGCCUUCCUCAUCAUCAUCCUCUUCUUCAUCCUCUUCGUCGUCUUCUUCGCCUGAAACAACCCCCCGGCGGCCAUUUUGGAUCUGAAACAGCCCCUCAAGAUGGCUGCCACCCCUUCAAUAUGGCCGCCACCCCUUCAAGAUGGCUGCCUGGACGCCAUUUUGGAUCUGGAACUCCUCCCAAGAUGGCUGCCAAUCCUUCAAGAUGGCUGCCACCAUGUUGGAUUUGGAACCCCCCAAGAUGGCCGCCACCCCUUCAAGAUGGCCGCCUGGCCGCCAUUUUGGAUCUGGAACUUCCCAAGUUCCUUUCAAGAUGGCCACCUGGACGCCAUUUUGUCUCUGAAACAGCCUUUCAAGAUGGCCGCCACCCUUUCAAGAUGGCCGCCUGUCCGCCAUGUUGGAUUUGGAACCCCCCAAGAUGGCCGCCACCCCUUCAAGAUGGCCGCCUGGCCGCCAUUUUGGAUCUGAAACAGCACCAAGAUGGCCGCCAUCAUUCAAGAUGGCUGCCUGGCCGCCAUUUUGGAUCUGGGACAGCCGCCAAGAUGGCCGCCACCACUUCAAGAUGGCCGCCUGGCCGCCAUUUUGGAUCUGGAACUUCUCCCAAGAUGGUUGCCAAUCCUUCAAGAUGGCCGCCCGGCCGCCAUUUUGGAUCUGAACCCCCCCCUUUAAAAUUGAGGCCUGGACGCCAUGUUGGACCUGGAACUGCACUCCCCCCCCCCAAAAUAUGGAUCCCUUUAAACCCCCCCCCAAAUAUAAAUCUGAAGCCCCUUCCCCAUUGACACCCCCCCGGCCGCCAUUUUGGAUCUGGAACCACCCUCCAAGAUGGCCACCUGGCCGCCAUUUUGGAU